AUGGUUAUAAUCCUUGGCAAAUUGGAUCCCAGCUUGCGAGAGUACCUUGAGCAAGAGUCGCCGUCUAGAUACGCGCCUACAGCUGCCGGUGUGGCACCACGGCAUCAGACACAAUCGCAUGAGAAGCCGAGAGAGUCAUCUGGUUCCCAAGAUCGAACGGCCGAAUCUGCAACCUCCGUUCCCUCCGCAUCGCUUUUCCCGGACGGACGAUAUGCACAUAUAUGGAAGGACUACAAGACCCUCGAAGAGAUCGAAGGGCCCAGUGUCUCGCCGGCAGAGAAGGUAGUGGAACAGUUUAAGCAGAGAAAGGAGGUGCUGAACAGGGCAGCCUUGGAGAACUGUGCGGAAGAACAUGAAGAUCUAUCAUUGUGUUUUAAGAAGGGAACUUUUUCAGACAAGAUCAAGGCCAGGUUGACCAUGUGUGGAGAGCAGAAUGCACGAUUCUCGAGAUGUUACACGAUGCAAUCUAAAUUCCUCCAAGCUCUAGGCUACGGCUCCUCGUUUGUAUGGGAUAUGGAGAAGGAAGAACGGAUUCAGAUGCAUGCGGACAGACUAUACCAUCGCAUGUUGGAUUACGAAAGAAGGGUGGCUGAAGCGAAGGCGGAAGGCCGUGAACCUCCUCACCCAAAAUCUCUAUUCAAGUCAGAGGCCGAGAUAGCGACGUCACCAGAUACCAGGCAACCGGAUGACGAGUGUGCCAUCCCAGGUGGAGAGGCCUUACCGGCUGGAUCCAAGCCUUAUAAGCCCCUGAAGGACAUGACUCCACACGAGCGCGAGCUGGAGGUACAAUCUUUAAAGCAGCAGAUGGUCCAAAGGGAGAUAUACAUGAAGGAGGUAACUCCGGUACUGAGGGCCGAGGAAGCAGCCAAGAUGAAACGAAGAGAGAAAUUCACCAGCUGGUUUGGAGAAACGAUCGGAAACUGGCUGGCAUGA